AUGUCUACGGCUACAAAACCAAACCCCACAGGCGAGAAACCCGUCUCGUCCUUCUUGACGGAGAAUCCCAUCACUUCUCUGUUAUCAUCGCUCUCCCAGUCCUUCCAUGAACGUCGGGCCACCCUGGGCCUGACGAACCCGGGCACCGUCGAGAAUGUCUCCCGCGAGGUCCAGAAAGAUGUGUUUCUCAAUAAUUACAUGUUCACGGGGAUGAGGGCCGACUUUUCAAAGAGUUUCUCCAUGGAUCCUAUAUUCCAGACUUCCCAUGCCUUCGCCAUGGGCGCCCAGGGAAUCCCACCCUAUACCUUUGCGGCUAUCUUCGGGACCAAUAAGGUUCGUUUCAUUCCGCCCUUUCGCCAGUCUUUCUCAAUGUUUGAAUUAUGCUUUGUUUGAAUUGGGGGUAGCUGGCUGGUCCGCUUUGGGGAGCGGGGGGCAAAUUUUUUUUUUUGUUUCUCUUUUUGGAAAACUUUGGUGGUGGUGGGGGAAUUGUAAAGUUUUUUUUUUUUUCAGAUUUGCUAACGCAGAACAGGCAUUCCUUCAAGCCAACCUCGACAACGAAGGUCAAUUGGCAGGCCGUUUCAAUUACCGUUGGUCACCCGAACUUACCAGCAAAUUCAAUGUUCAAUUGACACCUCCGAGUCAACCCCCCCAGCCUGUUUUCACCGUGGAUACAGACUACUCCGGCGCGGACUUCUCCGCUGGAAUCAAGGCCUUCAACCCCUCGCUGCUGGAGGGUACCCUCACGGGUAUCUUUAUCGGCUCGUAUCUCCAGUCCGUCACCCCCAAUCUCGCCCUCGGCAUAGAAUCUGUUUGGCAGCGUUCCGCGGCCUCUCUAGGACCGGAAUCAGCCCUGUCGUACGUUGCCCGAUACGCUACCAAGGAUUGGAUUGCCUCGGCACAGUUGCAAGCCGGCGGAGCGCUACAGGCAACAUACUGGCGCAAGAUCGCGGAGAGGGUGGAAGCAGGAGUGGACUGCCAGCUCACACUCGCCGGAGGAAUGGCCAGGGACGGGGGAGGUGGCAUGAUGGGCGGCAGCAUGAAGAAGGAGGGUGUCACCACCUUGGGUGCUAAAUACGACUUUAGAAUGUCGACUUUUAGGGCGCAAGUGGAUACUCAGGGGAAACUGGCCUGCAUGCUGGAAAAGAGAGUUGCGCCGGCUGUCACCCUGACCUUUGUGGGCGAUGUGGAUCACUUCAAGGUAUAGGAUCCCACACAGUAUGCUUCUCUUCAUAUAUAUCUAACCCAAUAAAAACAGAACCAGGCAAAACUCGGCAUCUCCGUAUCCAUCGAAUCCGCCACAGAAGCCAUCCAGGAAAUGCAAGAAAAAGCUGCGCUAUCGGGCGCCGGACCAACCCCUCCAUCUGUCCCUUUC